AUGUGGUUCUUUAAUAGUUUUGGUGGAGGUAAAAGUAGUGGUAGUAGUAGUAACGAUGAAGCUGGAGUUAAACGAGGAGCUGUGUCUUCAUUUCCUAAUACUGCCGAUGCACAGAAGGAGGUACUGGAGCACAGAAAAGGUGAAGAACAUGGAGAUGAUGUUUUAUCAUCGUCGUGGUUGCACCGCUCAAGAAGCCAGCAAACUGCUGUUCAGAAAGGUGAUGCUCGUGUGGGUUUCUUUGACACGGAUGCUAUUGAUUGUUUAAUGAAUCGUUACGGAACAGAAAUGGCAGCAGCUGACAAGUAUAUGAAAGAGAAAUGCCAGAAACAAAAAAACGAGAAAGGAAUUCUAAACCUGUAUGACUAUGAAGGAGACCAGCGGUAUAAACAAUGGCUUAUGGAUCAAGAGAAUGUUCGUAAAGCUCUUAAUAUACACUGGUUAGAUAUGAUCAUAGAUAAACCUAUGCUUUGCUUGACAUACUUAGCCCGUAUCGGUACAACUAUAGGUUUUUUCUACGGUAUGGGGCGUUCGUACUAUCUAUACCAUACAAUGGAUAAAAUGUAUGCCAAACUCCAUGGAGUUAGUUUUUUCAACAUUGCUAUGUACGAGGUAAGUUUUUCAGUUGUUAAAGGUGCUAUUGUAGCAAUGUCCGGAACUGUAGGAGUCAUCGCUGGUGAAGCUGCAAUGAACAUAACAACAUCUUUUACUACUGGUGAUAUCUCUGUUCCAGAACGUACAUGGAAAAAUAUCUGGUCUUGCGGAACACUAUGUGGUUUUUUCAGUGGUACAGCAUUUAGUGCACUACAUAGAUCUAUAUUGACUAGGUGGGGAAUGAUAGCAUCCGUCACUGCUUUCACCACUGUUAGUUCUCUCCUUAGUCUAGUAGUGGGACGCUGGACAUACCAAGAGUAUGCGAAUAAAAGAGGAAGACGUCUAUAUGACCCCUACUGGCGUCCUUGGUAUGAGCGAAAACUUAACGACGGCGGAGCAUCAUACAUGCGUGGGAAAUAUACUUAA